UAAACUCUCAGGAAGUUGCACCCCCAUACUCCCGCGAUACGUCAGAGCACCGGGCGGGUGCCUGGUGACACAAACCGAGUUUGCCUAAAAUUUGCCGCGAAACUCCUGUUAUAAGUGCCCCAGUUAAGACAGCUUCAGCGCUAUCUUCAGCCUUUUCGCCGGCCUUAAAUCAGGGUCGACUGACUGAGCAAGGACCAAAGAAACUGAUGAGGACAUACUAAUGGAAAUGGAUGAUAAUGGCCUACAGACCCCUUGCUGUGAUACAAGAUGGUCGCAGCAACUGUCAGGCCUUCCUCGCAAGCUCCUGCAGCGCCUGAUGCCUUUCCAAAGGGAGGGAGUGGAGUUCGCCUUAUCCAAGAAUGGACGAUGUAUGAUCGCCGAUGAGAUGGGUCUCGGGAAGACGGUGCAGGCCAUCGCCGCGGCGUACGCCUACAGGCGGGAGUGGCCUCUGCUGGUGGUGGUGCCCUCGUCCCUCAAGUACCCCUGGAUCGAGGAGCUGGAGAGGUGGAUCCCCGAGCUGCAGCCCGGAGACAUCAAUUUGGUGGAGAACAAGAGCCACACCAUGGAAAUCGCCACCAGCAAAGUGACCGUGCUGGGUUACGGCCUCCUCACCUCGGACGCUCGCCCCCUGGUGGAGGCUCUGACUAGGCAGCAGUUCGCCGUGGUCGUGGUGGACGAGUCCCAUUACCUCAAAACCAGGAACGCGGCGCGGACCAAGAUCCUCGUCCCUCUCAUCCAGAGCGCCAAGCGAGCCAUCCUGCUCACCGGCACCCCUGCCCUGGGGCGACCUGAAGAGCUUUUCAUGCAGGUCGACGCUCUCUACCCCAAGAGGUUCGGAACCUGGACCGAGUACGCCGAGAAAUACUGCAACGCCCAUUACAGGUACUUUGGGCGGCGGAGGCAGUGGGACUGUCGGGGGGCGUCCAACCUGGAGGAGCUGCACCAGCGCCUGAGUCAAAUCAUGAUCCGCCGUCUCAAGGCCGAGGUGCUCACUCAGCUGCCGCCCAAAAUCCGCCAGCGUAUUCCCUUCGACCUGCCUAAGGAGACGGCAAAGGAGGCCUCCGCCAGCUUCGCGGAGUGGGAGAGGCUGAUGAAGGGGCUGGGGUCGGGGGUCGACGCCGACGACAACCCCUUCACUCAGGUCUUGGGCCUGGUCACAAAGAUGUACAAGCAAACAGCUAUCGCCAAGGCGGGAGCUGUGAAGGACUACAUUAAGAUGAUGCUGGAGGCAGAGCAGCUGAAGUUCCUGGUGUUCGCCCACCACCUCACCAUGCUGCAGGCCUGCACCGAGGCCGUCAUCGAAGCCAAGGCCGGCUACAUCCGAAUCGACGGCAGCGUUCCCUCAUCAGAGCGAAUCCAGCUGGUCCACAAGUUUCAGAGUGACCCGGACACCCGGGUGGCCAUCCUCAGCAUCCAAGCAGCUGGUCAGGGUUUGACCUUCACCGCCGCCAGCCACGUGGUGUUCGCCGAGCUCUACUGGAACCCCGGCCACAUCAAGCAGGCGGAGGACCGCGCCCACCGCAUCGGGCAGACGACCUCCGUCAACGUGCACUACCUCAUCGCCAAGGGGACCUUUGACACGGUCAUGUGGUCCAUGCUCAACAGGAAGGAAACGGUGACUGGCAGCACUCUGAAUGGCCGGAAGGAAUACCUGAAGGCCGACGAGGGCGACAGGGACAAGUGGGAGUUCCUCAACUUCGCCAACGCGUGGAUGCCGAGCGAGAGGGUGCUGCCGCUGGAGGGAAACGCAAAGGACGAAGUGUUCUUCACUCAUUGCGAGAAAGAGAAGCAGCACGACAUCCGCUCCUUCUUCUCCCCGGGCGCCGGCGCCGAGAAGAAGAGGAAGAGAACAGAAGACGGGGGAACGUCUCCCUGCGCGUCCUCGGAGACGGACGCGGCGCCGGCUGGAGGCGACUCGGAGAAGCCCCGGACGUGCGUCACGCCCGACCGGGAUUUCUCCCCUCAGCUGAAAAGGUUGAGGACGCCUCAACCGAGCCAAAGUCCGAGCCCGAGGUCUCGGUCUCAGUUCGGGAGGAGAUCAAGCGGCGGCCUCGUCCCCCUCAUGGGCCCUCGGAAGCUGGCGGACCCGGACGUGAAGUGGAGCUGCGAGGCCUGCACCUACUCCAACAGCAGCCUGUUGCCGUACUGCGAGAUGUGCGAGUCCCCUCGCCCUUCCUCUCCUCUCGUAUCAGAGCCGCCCGGGCCUCGGCGACCCCCCGCGACCGAGAGGGACCGGGAGAGCGCCGUCCUCCCCUCCGGCGCCUCCGGCCGCGAGCCAGAGCUCAGCCGGGGAAAAGCCCGGCCUCCGAUAUCACUCGAAGGCAAACAGAGCGAGGAGGAGGAGGAGGAGGGGGAGGAGGGGGAGGAGAGGGAGGAGGAUGAGCCCCUGAAAAGCAAACAGAACCCAGGAGAAGCAGAGGAAGAGGACAAGCGGCGGCUCAAAAGCAAACAAUCAGCGGGGGAGAGAGGCGACAACGUCGCGGGCGUUGGCGGCCGCCUCCCCUCUGACCACACACAGGACUGCCGAGCUGUGGCGUGUUUAUCUUCUGCUGCCGAUGCUAAUGACGACGGCGAGGGCAGCGGCGGAGAGGACGGCAGCACCGCCCAUCCCGUCCACCCAGGCCUGCAGUUCUGCGCCAGCCAGUACACGGACCGAAUAUAUCUUUACUCCAAGGACGGAGCUCCGUUGAACUUGAGCUUCGUCCCUCUGGACAUCAAGCUAACCAACUGGGACGACCUGCCCGAGGCCUUCAGCCGGCGCCGGGAAAAUCGAAUACAGGUGCUGAGGUUUGUUCAGGAGUGGAGCAGCCUGGCAGCCAUGAAGCAGAAACUGCUCCGUCGCGCCGGCCGUCUCUUCCACAGCCCUGCCCUGGGCUUGCAGCAGCUGGCCACAUCCCAACGCCCUCACUCGAGCACCAAGAGGUACCUCAGCAGAGACGAGGUGGCGCAGGCCUCCCUGAGCAAGGCGCAGCAGGAGGGAGGAAGCGUUCGACUGGUCACCAAGGAGAACUUCUUCUCGAAGAGGAGGUCUGCCUCUUUACCAACACCGCCCCCUGCAGAAAGGCUGAACAGUCCACCCAGUAAGACGGUGGACGAGCAGCCGCCCUCCGACCCGGGCUUCCUACAGGCUGUGGACAGUCGGGGUGUCCCUCUGUGCCUCUCCUGCCAGCAGGCCUGCCCCAGCACUGGUGGGGCGUGGGAUACUCGGUUCUGCAGCCACAGGUGUCAGGACGAGUUCCAGUUGCGCUCCAGCCAGCCGUACAUGCGCUCCCGAGUGCUGGAGGUGGAGCAAGGCGUCUGUCAGCACUGCGGCCUCCACGCCCACGACCUGUUCCUGAAGGUCCGCGGCGCCCCGCCCUCCCAGCGCAAGGAGAUGUUGGAGAACACCUGGCUCGCCCAGCUGCCACUCAAACAGCUGAAUGAGAUGAUCCGAGCGCCGGCCGAAGGGGAUUUCUGGCAGGUCGACCACAUCCGGCCGGUCUACAGCGGAGGAGGACAGUGCUCUCUGGACAACCUGCAGACGCUGUGCACGGUCUGCCACAAAGCCAGGACGGCUCAGCAAGCCAGAGAACGCAGCCAGAUGAGGAAGGAUGCAGCCGCUUCAAAGGUUGCGUCAGACAUCAGCAGGUUCUUCAUCAAGAAAUGAACGGACUUAAAGGUUCAGUUCGGAUAAAGAUUUAUCGGCUUACGUGACACAAAAAACGGCAUCAAACACGAGGCCCCGUUUUCUUUGAGUUCCUUAAAGAUUCAGGCGCUAACAUUGGCAUCCUGCUGGACGCCAUUAGGGGACAAUGCAGGGGUGGAUAUUUACCUAAAAAAAAAAACAAAAAAACAACAAAAAAAAAUGGUGAC